UGUAGCUACAAUUUUCUCUUUUAUUAUUCUUUUAAUAGUAUAGGAAGCAACAUUGAACAAAUCGAAGUCUGGUUAGGAUCAAUAUACGCCGUCAAUCCCGACUCUCAAACAUUGGUGAGACGCAACAUUAGUAAAAUAGUUUCACAUCCAAAGUUUAGCUAUAUAAACGAUGAUUACGCCCUCAUAAGGUUAAGCGAACCAGUGAUAUUUACUGACGCCAUUAAGCCGGUGUGCCUGCCAACAUCUGAUAUGACUUUUGAACCAGGAUCUUAUGGCUAUACCACAGGAUGGGGUUCGGUCAUAAUGUAUGGUAAUUCACCCGAUGUUCUACAAGAAGUACGUGUCGUAGUCAUAAGCCUUGAAUAUUGUCGCCGUCGCGUUCACUUUGCAAACGUUACGGCUGAUAUGAUAUGUUUGAAAGACAGGAAUGGCGGACAGGGACCUUGUCACGGAGAUAGUGGUGGUCCAUUUGUCGUAAAUCGUGAUGGAAGAUGGUAUCUUGUUGGUGUGGUAACUGGCGGCCGAACGUGUGCCGGGCGAAGGGAUCCCACUAUAUAUGCCCGCGUUUCAAGAUUUCUUGAUUUUACUUAUUAUACAAUAUGGGAACAUGCUCUUGCCGUUAUUCCUAUUUCGUAGUCAGAAAAAAUAUUCUUAGAUUUGUUUAUGUUUCUUUUUUUUUUUCGUUGUUACACUGUGUGCUACCAAAGGUUGAAACCGAAUUUCAGUUUAUCUUGACUUUGUAUAUUAAUUUUAAGGAAUUAGCUCAGAUACUUUUAACUGCAGCACAUUUAAAAUCCCUUAAUUAGCUUCCAUUUGAAAAAAUAGGAAAAUAUCCUAACCACAACCAACAGAUGUAUGUGUAUAAAUGAUUCUACAGUAUAAGGUACACCAUAAUUUGUUAUUUUGACAAUAAAGUUGACUUGUAUCUUGUACCUAUGACAAUAUAUCGUCCAUCCGUUCUUUGCAUAGAACCUUAAUUGUGUUGACUCAAACGUAAAUGUAUCAAUUUGUGUAAUCAGUUGUAGUUAAUAAGAGACAACAAUGUUUCCAUACAAAUCAGUAAAGGGCGCUAUCUAUACCCUUUCGUUAAGGUUCAGAACAAUCGAGUUUUCUAUGAUAAUACCCAAAGAUAAUAUUAGUUUAUGUCUUUCAUUCAUGUAUCAUGGCGUACGCAAGCAAAAAUGAAACAUAAUUUAAUAUUUUAAUUGGAUUUCCGAUUUACGAUCUGUAAAUUUGUUUGGGCAAAAUAUAAUGUUGCAUUUAAAUAACUUAGUUUCUCAUUAGUAAAAUGCCAAUUUAAAAAAAAAAUGUUUUUCUAACCAGUUUGAAAAUACUUAAAGGUUAUUAAUUGUAUAAUUUUCCUAUUUCUCCGAUUUGCUUUGCCAUCUGUCUUAGUUUUUAGUUGAUUUGCGUCUUCUCUCGUCCUGUUCUAGUCCUGUUUUUUUUUUCAGACUGUCCCAGCACAGUAUUUGUUUGCUUCUUUUUUUUUUCUUUUCUUUUUUGCAUUUCUUACUUGUACCGUAUAUUAUGAAAACAAUCACUUUCCAUUAUAUGCAUGGGAAAAGAAAGUGAACAAUGUUACAUAAAAUUUGAAACAAUAAAUAAAUAAAUGAAAACA